CGAGGGGUUGUGUCGGUUUCCGCCAUGGGGAAGUCGGAUUUCCUCAGCCCCAAGGCCAUCGCCAACCGCAUCAAGUCCAAGGGGCUGCAGAAGCUGCGCUGGUACUGCCAGAUGUGCCAGAAGCAGUGCCGCGAUGAGAAUGGCUUCAAAUGUCACUGCAUGUCUGAGUCCCACCAGAGGCAGUUGCUGCUGGCUUCUGAAAAUCCUCAGCAGUUCAUGGAUUACUUUUCUGAGGAAUUCCGAAAUGAUUUCCUCGAGCUGCUCCGGAGGAGAUUUGGAACAAAGAGAGUCCACAAUAAUAUUGUGUACAAUGAAUAUAUCAGCCAUAGAGAACACAUCCACAUGAAUGCCACACAGUGGGAGACUCUGACUGAUUUCACUAAGUGGCUGGGGAGGGAAGGUCUUUGCAAGGUGGAUGAGACUCCAAAAGGCUGGUAUAUCCAGUAUAUUGAUAGGGACCCAGAGACUAUUCGCAGGCAACAAGAGCAAGAGAGGAAGAAGAAACAGGACCUUGAUGAUGAAGAAAAAACUGCAAAAUUCAUUGAACAGCAAGUUAGAAGAGGUUUGGAGGGGAAAGAAGUGGAGAAGCCAGUCUAUACUGAACUGAACAGAGAAAACGAUGAAGAAAAAGUUGCAUUUAAUUUAAACAAAGGAGCAAGUACUUCAAUAGCUGCAUCUUCUAAAACAAGCAGUGGCCUUGGACCGAAUGCACUGAAGAUGGUGGAAGGGGCAGUUAAAAGGAAAGAAUCAGCUCAUAGCUCUGGUCAGUCCAAAGAGAAAAAGAAGAAAUCUGCACUGGAUGAGAUUAUGGAGCUUGAAGAGGAGAAGAAAAGAACAGCUCGAAGAGACUACUGGUUACAGCCUGAAAUCGUUGUAAAAAUUGUAACAAAAAAGCUUGGAGAGAAGUAUCACAGGAAGAAGGCAGUUGUUAAGGAAGUGAUUGACAAAUAUACAGCGGUUGUGAAGAUGAUUGAUUCUGGAGACAAACUGAAGCUUGAUCAGACACAUCUAGAAACUGUCAUACCAGCACCAGGCAAGAAAGUGAUGGUCUUAAAUGGUGGCUACAGGGGAAACGAAGGCAUCUUGGAAUCUAUCAAUGAAAAGAGGUUUUCAGCUACAAUAGUCAUUGACUCUGGCCCUUUAAAAGGCCGCCGGGUUGAAGACAUCCUGUAUGAAGACAUCUCCAAACUCGCCUGAGUUGCUUAUCGUGGAUCACAGAAGAUUUUUGGUUCCCCAAACCAUCUUUCUGGCAUCUUGCAGCAGACACAAGACUCUACCAUGUCAGGGUUUUAACUGUGUGUGUGUGUAUGUAUUUAUAAUGUAUAUAGAAAUUAACCACAAACAAACUGGAUUUAUUUAAAGACCACUAUGGAUUUGUUACAUAAAAUGCUUGUGGAGAUCU